ACUUGAGGAGCGGCGACAGCGACGUGGGAUCUGCCUCUCUGCGAGCGGCCGGGAGCGGCGGCGGCGGCGGCGCCAUGAGCGGGGGCACCCCUUACAUCGGCAGCAAGAUCAGCCUUAUCUCCAAGGCGGAGAUCCGCUACGAGGGCAUCCUCUACACCAUCGACACCGAGAACUCCACCGUAGCUCUCGCCAAAGUUCGAUCCUUUGGUACAGAAGACAGACCAACAGAUCGUCCAAUACCACCUCGUGAUGAAGUCUUUGAAUACAUCAUAUUCCGUGGGAGUGAUAUUAAAGACCUCACUGUUUGUGAGCCACCAAAACCACAAUGUUCUUUGCCUCAGGACCCAGCUAUCGUUCAGUCUUCACUAGGCUCAUCUACUUCUUCAUUCCAGUCAGUGGGUUCCUAUGGACCUUUUGGCAGGAUGUCGACAUACAGUCAGUUCAGUCCAAGUUCAUUAGUGGGGCAGCAGUUUGGUGCUGUUGGUGUUGGUCGUUCAAGCCCUCAGUUAGACCCUUUGAGAAAAAGCCCAACCAUGGAACAAGCAGUACAGACCGCCUCGGCCCACUUACCUGCUCCAGCACCUGUUGGGAGGAGGAGCCCUGUAUCAACCAGGCCUUUACCAUCUACCAGCCAAAAAGCAAUAGAGAAUCAAGAGCACAGGCGAGCUGAAGUACACAAAGUUUCAAGACCAGAAAAUGAGCAACUCAGAAAUGAUAGCAAGAGACAAAUCGUUCCAGGUGCUCCUUCAGCUCCAAGAAGAGGACGUGGGGGUCAUCGAGGUGGCAGGGGACGAUUUGGUAUCCGACGAGAUGGUCCAAUGAAGUUUGAGAAAGACUUUGACUUUGAAAGUGCGAAUGCACAAUUUAACAAGGAGGAAAUUGACAGAGAGUUUCAUAAUAAACUUAAAUUGAAAGAAGAUAAACUUGAGAAGCAGGAAAAGCCUGUAAAUGGUGAAGAUAAAGGAGACUCAGGAGUUGAUACCCAAAACAGUGAAGGAAAUGCAGAUGAAGAAGAUCCACUUGGACCUAAUUGCUACUAUGAUAAAACCAAAUCCUUCUUUGAUAAUAUUUCUUGUGAUGAUAAUAGAGAACGGAGACCAACCUGGGCUGAGGAAAGAAGAUUAAAUGCCGAAACAUUUGGAAUCCCACUUCGUCCAAACCGUGGCCGUGGCGGUUACAGAGGCAGAGGAGGUCUUGGUUUCCGUGGUGGCCGAGGGCGUGGUGGUGGCAGAGGUGGUACCUUCACUACCCCUCGAGGAUUUCGUGGUGGAUUCAGAGGAGGUCGUGGGGGCAGGGAGUUUGCAGAUUUUGAAUACAGAAAAGACAACAAAGUUGCUGCAUAG